AUGACUGAAUAUGAAGAUGGAAUGAUUGAAACAAGGUCACAUACAUCGACAAAUGAUCGUUUCACGAGGGUCAAUCAUAAGGACCAAACGGUGGUGCGCAAAUGGCGUAUCGCCCAACAUUGGGACAAAAUUCAAGAAAAUGCUAAUAAGCGGCUUUUCGAGAGGGAAUGCCUGGCAUUGAACGCUUUGAAACACCCAAAUAUUGUGGAAAUGAUUGGGUGGAAAUCGAAUGAAAACGAUUUUGCUGUCAUUUACCUGCGAUAUGUUGGGAAAAUUUCACUUGAUAAGGCAAAGAAAAGCCUCGAUCCUGGAGAAACGACAACUUGGGACUCUGGCGGUACGCCACAAUAUCAACCGCCCGAGUCCCAUCCACCUCAUGGAAGAGAAGCAACGUUUGAUGAGAAAGGAGAUGUUUACGCUAUUGGCAUCACUCUAUGGGAAAUGAUACAGCGAAGCCGAGUAUGGCCACUUUGGAUAAGAAAUGACUCGCCAACAGUCUACCGAAAUAGCCUUCUGAGUCUGAUCUCUCAAUGCGAUGAUGAGUUCAAAGGGAUUGUUGAAGUGUGCACUCUCUUUUCACCGGAGCUUCGUGCAAACCCUUGUGACUUACUAAAGCACGUUCGCAAAAUGCCAGAGACUAAAAUCUACACUCAAUACAGAAAAGAGCUGAUUUUUGAUAAGGAUCAGUUAUUUUUGCUACCGCCAGAAGGUCUAGGACUGGAAUUUGGAGAAAAAGACAAUGAAAGUCAACCAGAAACCCUCAGACCUCCUUCAAUUGACACAAUCUCGUGGAGAAUACGUCUUGAACAGGAUUUCCCAUCGACUUCAACAAUUGACAUAGAUCGUAUUGCUGAGAUUAAUCAAAAUCGAGAAAAGAUUCAGCAGAAAAUGAAGCGUUUAUUUGAAAGAGUUGGACUUCGCGGUGAGCCGGAGGUCAUUGCCGAGGUUAAACUUAAUCUAGCAGAAAUCAAGAAUGAAUUGCGUUUCAAAGAUAGGCUGACUGAUUUGUCGGCGGAUGAAGAGAGGAAAUUGAGACAGCCAAUUGUGGCACAAAGACCCCGUUCAUUGACAAGUCCCGCAAAUUACUCGAAUCGGAACGAUGGUCGUUUGGCUCCGGAAGAUCCGUUCCAUCAAAAAUUG